AUGAUUUCUCAACCCUCCAAGGCCAAUGUCUUGCUGGUCGGCAGCGGUGGCGUGGGCACCAUGGGCGCCUAUGCCCUGGAGACUGGAGGCAAGGCAGAGGUCACUGCUGUACUGAGGUCAAACUACGAGGCUGUGAGCAAGCAAGGAUUCUCCAUCGACUCGAUUGAGCACGGUGACGGCAUCGUAGGCUGGAAGCCAACGACGUUGGUCAACAGAGUGCCAAGUGUGGCUGAGGAGGGACUGAAACCUUUCGACUUCAUCGUGGUCACCACGAAGAACGUCGCCGAUGUCAGCCCGACCGUCGACGAGGUGAUUGAGCCCGCCGUGACCCCAGGCCACAGCGUGAUCGUCCUAGUCCAAAACGGCCUGAACAUCGAGAAGCCAGUCAUUGCCAAGUAUCCCGGCAACACCGUGCUCUCGGGUGUGUCGUUGAUCGGGGCGACGGAGACGGCAUGGGGGAAGAUCCGACAUGACGACAAGGACAUUGUCAAAAUCGGACCGUACAAGUCGCCCAACGUGACCGAACAAGACUCGACCGCCGCCGCCCAGAAAUUUGUCGAGAUCUACAAUGCUUGUGGCAAGGUCGAGGCCAUCUACGACGACAACGUGCCCUUUACGAGAUGGAGGAAGUUGAUUUACAACUCCUCGUUCAACUCGGUGGCGACCAUCUUGCGAAUGGACACGACGAGAAUGAGAAUUUCCGAACACGUCAUCGACAACCUGAUCCGACCUGCCAUGCUGGAAAUCAAGAGCACUGCCAAAGCCGCUGGGAUUGAGUUGCCGGACGAUAUUGCCGAGGUCAUGAUCAGAGUCGAUCCCAAAGAGACGUAUUUCAAGCCUAGCAUGUGUCAAGAUAUCGAAAAGGGCAAUUAUAUCGAGUUUGAAAACAUCGUUGGAGAACCCAUGCGUGAGGCCGAGAAACUUGGUGUCUCGACUCCGGUGUUGAAGAUCAUCUAUGGUAUCCUAAAAGGUUUGCAAUGGAAGACGAUGGAGGCCAAAGGUUUGGUCGUGCCUAAAUGGAGCGAUGAUAGUGUCUAUGGCUAG